AUGUCACGACUGUAUACUCCGGAGUAUUCGAACGAGCUUCUAGAUUUUGUACAAGAUGUCUUUGCUGAAGAUGUGAAGCAUUAUUAUGCAAAACUUAGGUUAGAGAAACUUAUUGAAUUGUUGGAACAAGGGGAGUCUUUAUUCGAAUCUUAUCGAGAGUAUUUAUCCCAAGGAAAAUAUGAAGAUUGUUUAACAGCAUUUACUAUUGGGUCAUUUUACGUUUACUUAAUCAUACCUGGAUCUGUCCAGUUCAACGCUAGGAACAAAUCGUAUGCAAUCUACUCUGACUUAAAAAAGUUGUAUCAAGAUGAAUUAAAUAUGUCUAAUGUUCUAACGAUGGUCCUCCACAAAGUUGAUGCUGUGUUAAACCAAAACCUUGAAAUCCUUACCAGUCAUCAGUUAGAUCACGCUAGAAAGCGCGCAUUCUCUGUUGAGGAUCCAAUUAUUAGACAUCAGCUAGAAGAAUUUCACCUACAGGAUAAUGACUCAGAUUCCACAAAUAAUCAUAAGUCUUUUGCGUCAACGGAAUGGAAAGCACCCAGGCUUGAUCCAAAUGAUAGGCUUCAACUAGCCGUUAGCAGUUCCAAGACAAGUGAAGCUUCGUCUUUGAAAUCUUUACCGUUAGAAGAAAAGAUCGACAAAACGGACGAAAUUUCGGCAAUAUUAUCUUCAACAUCAGUGGAAACAACUGGCGCGGCUAAUAUCGGAUUGGGGACUUAUAAUCAAAAUGAUAACGCGACAAGAAAUAUUCCACGUCAUUACAGUUUGCCUGUCACGUAUGUCAAUGGACAUCUGACAAAGGAUGAUGACGACUCCACUAUCGACCAGCCUGUUGGUCAUAACUUAGAUGGAUCGAUAAUUAGAACGAACUUUUCAAAUCAUUCUGUAUAUCUAAGUGGGGAACUAGAAGAGGACUCUAAUGAAAAGAUCUCAUACCUCUCACGAUUAAGGCAAGAUCAUACAAUUGAUUCUGAAACACUUUUCGAUAUUCUAGAUGAUCCAGAAAGAAGGGAACAUUUACUUUUGAUAGAUCUAAGGUUACCAAAAAGAUUCGAAUCCAAUCACAUUGUUGCACCUCAUAUAUUAAACAUUGAUCCUCACGUAUUAUACAAUUCAGAGACAAGCACUUCGUUGAAAUCUUUUGAGGAACUAAGAAAAUUGGUUUCUAAUCCUCUUUUGAACAGUAUUGAUAAAUUCAAGCAAAUUGUUUAUUACACAGACACUAAAAGCUUUAUGCAUCUCACUUUUAAUUACGAACUUUUAUUAUUCCAACUUCUACUAAGCAAAACAGUCACACACUUUCCAGCAUGUCUUCAGGGAGGCUAUGAACAAUGGAAAUCAUUCCUUCACAAAAAAGUUGCUGCUGACCCCAGUUUUGACAGAUACCAAUAUCUAUACAAGAAGGGUAGUUCAUGCCACACAGAACACAGCAAGGAAGAAUCUCAACCAAGCUCUAUUCCCGUAUCUACUGUUCCUUCACGCAGCCCUUCGAAAGCCUUGGAUCUACAAUCUUCUGAGGCUCCACCCCCCAUUCCAAAAACUGCACCUCCUCCACUUCCAGACAAGCUAUCUGUAUUUUCGAAAGAUGCGAAUGUUAUUUAUAACAGACCUGCUGCUCCGCUACCGCCCGAUACUCACCCACCAUUUCUAAAAUCAUCUGCUGCCAAGGAACUUCGAUUGAACCAACGCAAAGAUGUUAAUAAGCAUUAUCAUCAUACCCAUACGCCUUUCUCAAUUCCUACAAUUGAAAAGAAUCCUAAUGAGUUUGUCUCUUUAUCUAUAACAGGACUUCGGAAUAUGGGAAAUACAUGUUAUAUUAACUCAAUGCUUCAAUGUCUUUUUGCUUGCUCGCAAUUUCGAGAUCUUUUCUUGAGUUCCAAAUAUCAUAGAUAUCUUAACCCAAGAUACAAUAAUAUUAGCAUUUCUAAGUGGUUCAACAUACUUUUUAGGAAAAUGUAUUUGAAUGGAGGUUGCUCAGUUGUCCCAAAUGGGUUUUUGAGAGCUUGCCAUAUGUUGAGGCCGGAUUUCAAUAUACCAAGCGAUCAACAAGAUACGCAGGAAUUUUUGCUCUUUUUGUUAGACACUCUGCAUGAUGAGCUUAGCGAACCAACAAAGGUAGCUAAUGAUUACCCCAAUCUUCUUCUACACGAUGAUAAAUCAUUAUUAGUCGAUGGCAAAGAAUAUGACAAAUGGUUUGAUGAGAGUUUAAAAAAUAAUGGUUUAUCACCAAUUGAUGAUAUCUUUCAAGGUCAAAUAGAAAAUUCUCUAAGUUGUCAAAGAUGUGGAUAUACUUCCUAUAACUACUCCACAUUUUAUGUCCUAUCAUUAGCAAUUCCAACUCUGCCACCGUCUAAGGCAUUUUCAAGGACGAAAAGGGUUAUACGUCUAGAGGAUUGCAUUAAUUUGUACACUCAAGAUGAAAUUUUGAAGGAUGAGAAUGCCUGGGACUGUCCGAAAUGUGGAAGUCAAGCCAGCUCAUCGCACCCUAACAGUAACGAUGAUAAUGUUGAUAAACAAAAAAAGAGGAACUUUUUGGUAGUUAAUGGUGAGCAUAAAUCGCGUUCAAAGUUUUUCAAACUCUCUUCAUCAAGAUCCAAAACAAGGUCUCUUUCUCCCUUCAAAAGUGGAUCUUCAAAAGGAGAGAAAAUAAUUUCAAAGUCAAAAAAAAUGACAACUGUCAAGAGUUUAAAUUUCAUCACAAUGCCAAAUAUACUGGUGAUUCACCUUUCUCGGUUCUUUUAUGACUUAACGAAGAAAAAUGAAACAAUGAUAAAUUAUCCAUUGAUUUUAGAUGUUGUUCUUAAGAACAAUAAAGUAGCCAGGUAUCGAUUAUAUGGAAUUGUUAAUCAUUUUGGAAACUUAGUAAGUGGACACUAUACCUCUCUUGUUAAUAAGCACCUCUCUCAUGAAAUCAGAGGAGGAAAACAGAAAUGGUACUAUUUUGAUGAUGAAGUUGUUAAAAAAGAGGACAAUCAUGGUGAUUUCGACAAAGGAAUUACCAGUAUAUCAAGUGGUGACGUUUAUGUGCUAUUCUAUGAGAGAAUUCCCGAUAUGUGA